AUGACGUCCACUAACGACGAGGAACCGCUUUCCUUUUUCGCUCAAUUUCUAGUUGAUCUUUUUGGUAAUGGAAGUAGAGUUCCAGGCGAUACGCUUGACAAUGCAGCCAAUGACGUACUGUUAAGCACACAGCUUGUUAUUGCGACAGCCAUUGGUUUGACUUGCUUCCUCAUAUUUUGUUGGUUGCGACCGCGUUGGAACACAUUAUUUGCACCGCGACUUAGGCUACGUGGUUAUACUCCGGAACCGCUCCCGUCAUCUUUCUUUGGAUGGAUUAAGCCAUUGCUCGACAUUCCCGAAAGUGAAAUCCUUGACAAAGUCGGAUUCGAUGCGGCUGUGUUUCUCGGAUUCUUCCGACUAUCAUCCAAACUGUACCUUUUCUGUGGUAUAGCUGCUGGAUGUAUUCGAAUUCCAAUUUGGAUAUACAUGCAUAUUUACAGAUUUCAACCAAAGGAUCCAGGACAGACACCGCAAGAAGGCGGGGGCAUUGGUAUUCCGUAUCCAAAUGACCCUGUUCUACUAGAAACCGAGCCAUAUGUACUCGUCUUAUCAUACGCUAUUCUCACAUGGGUCGUGUCGAUUGCUGUCUAUGUCUUUGUCUACUACAACUACAAAUCGUUUUCAGCUGCCCGUCAAAGAUAUUACUUGAAACAAAGAAACACGGUUGUUGCGAGGACUGUUAUGGUCACUUCUAUUCCGAAAGAAUACCAGAACGAUAAAGCGCUCGCCUCAUACUAUGAAUCCCUUGGUAUUGGCGAAGUUGAGAGUGCGGUGGUAUAUAGACACGUUCGUCGAUUGAGAAAUGCUAUUGAGCAGCGUACUAAACGGUUAAGGAAAACGGAAGAAGCCUAUGUGAAAUGGUUAGGCAACCCUUGCACAGAUGAAAACUACGAUCCGGAAGCUUUGUUGAAAGAAGUUGAGCAUAAGACUUCAACUAAUCCUCAAGACGAUCCUGAGGCUGGAACGGUCAAUCCGAAUACAAACUAUCUCAAGGAAGAGAGGCCGACUGUCAAAACUGGGUUUUUGGGUCUUUUUGGGGAGAAAGUUGACGCUAUUGACUAUUAUUAUGACCAGUUCGAAUACUAUGAUAAUUUGGUUAAACAAGGAAGGCGAAGCGCAUAUGUUCCAACUUCCGUCGGAUUCGUUACCUUCGCUAACAUGUCCAGUGCGCAAAUUGCCGCUCAAGCACUAAUUUAUCCAAAACCUUUCUACUGCCAUUCCGUGCUUGCUCCCGAGCCUCGCGACAUAUACUGGGAUAACCUCAAUUUCCGUGCACGAGAGAUCGUUGUACGCCAAGUACUAAUACAAAUCGUUGUUAUAUUGAUCAUUUUCUUCUGGGCUGUUCCUUUAACGACUUUGGCUGCACUCUUGGAUUUGAACACAUUGGAAAAAUAUUUCCCAUGGCUGGCUCAUCUAGCUGAAAGGAACCAACUUAUCAAAGGUUUUAUUCAGGGCACCUUGCCCACGUUGGCGGUCACCAUAUUCAAUUCCAUGUUGCCACUUACCAUGUUAUAUUUAAGCAGACUUCAGGGACUGCAAGCUCGCAGUUACAUUGAAUUAUCCGCUGUUUCAAAAUACUUCUUCUUCUUGUUGGUGAACGUCCUCCUCGUUUUCACUGUUGCUGGAACUGUGUCCAUCUCUAUCGAUGACAUUUUGACAGAACCCAGAAAAAUAGGUCCAAUUCUUGCUAGCACGUUACCAGAGGUCGCACCAUUCUUUGUAAACAUUGUUAUUCUCCAAGGCAUCGGAAUGUUCGCUGUCGAAUUGGCUCAAUUUAAAGAAAUCUUUCCUGCAUGGUUUAAGCGUUUGUUAUUGGCAAAAACACCUCGUGAUUACGCCGAAGCCAGCACACCUCCUAUAAUGAAGUUUUAUGAAAUAUACCCUGAGGUUGUGUUUAUAUUUAUCGUUUGUCUUGUAUAUUCAGCCAUAUAUCCUUCUAUUCUGUUCUUUGGUACCAUUUACUUUUCGAUCGGGUUCUUCUGUUACAAAUACUUGCUGCUGUAUGUUUACUUCCAACCUUAUGAAUCGGCUGGACAAGCAUGGUCGCUGAUAUUCCAUCGUAUCAUUAUCGGUCUUUACAUUUUCCAAAUCAUGAUGAUAGGCUUUCUUAGUCUCCGCAAUGACUACGUUCUCGCUGGAUUACUUGCGCCUCUGUUAUUCAUAACAGGAAUUUACGCAAGUAUUGUAACCUAUGCAUAUCACAAAUUUACAAAUUACAUCCCUAUUCAGCUUAUUCGUAACGAAGAAGCCAAAGAUGCCUUGAAAAAAAAGAAGCCGCCCGAAAGUGGUCAGGGUAAUGGGAAGGCAACCGUCUCGUCAGAGAAUGACCAUGAUGAUGGUUCGGAACAAACGCAUUGUCCUAAGGGCAUACUUGAUGAUGAUUUAUACCAUGCGGCUCCUGAUCUUUAUACCGAUUACUCCCAACCACCGAUGACAUUGGUUCCUGGAAUUUUGAACACUGGCAUGAGGAGAUAUGGACCCCCUGCUCUGGUUGGAAUACUCCCGUGGUUGUGGCUACCAAUAAAAAGAUCUCAAGCCGAAGUGGACAGCACUCCUGGAUUCUAUCGCGCUUUACUGGGUAUGAAUCGUAAGGGUGAUCAACCGAUGACAUCUGAUGAGGAGAACGCCGGUGAAGAAACAAGUGCACGGCAUAAAUUUUUGAAGAAAUGGUAUGUCUUUCGCAGUCGUCACGAUACCCAACAGGCAGCCAAUGAGCGCAUUCAGCAAGAGCAAGCAGCUGAUGAGAACGAUCCUAGUAAUCCUCACAAGACCUACUUCCACCAUCCUGAGCGUCCUAAACCGAAUAGCGAAUCAGUCACACUACAGCCCGUGCCAGAAAGUGCUCCGAGCGCUCAAGCAAAUGAUCAACCAUCGACUUCUAGCGCAGCUGUGCCAGCUACAGAUGAGAGUAAUAGUCAACCGCGGUCCCGUGAUGUCGAGUCUUCGUCCAAGUCUAGGCCUUUGAGUGUAAUUUUUGAAAAUUGGGCCGCAGAUAACUUUGGAGAUCCGCAAGCCUUGGAGGACAAUUUAGACGCUUGA